AUUGGUAAAGCAUAAACGGGAUGUGAUGUCUCAGCGCCGGGUAGAACAGUGCAUUAAAUCGAUGAAAGUGGAUAUGAUCAUAGAAAAGGAACAUGUCGUGCAAGGUGUACGAGUGCUCGAUGGCCGAUUUCGGAGUCCUCAUGCGAUAAUGUUCCCGAACCAAUUGCCGGGUUGUCUUCAGUGGGCUCGCUGGCGAGCGUAUUUGCCAAAUACUGCACGAAAAGGAGUAUGCAUCCAUCUAGCGGGUACUGGUGAUCAUUCUUAUAUCAGGCGAGAGCUUGGAUUCGUAAAAGGACUACUUGAAGAGGGCAUCGGGUCAGUCCUCGUGCAAAAUCCGUUUUAUGCUGAUCGAAAACCGAUGUCGCAGUUUCGAUCCUCAUUGGAAAACGUGUCAGAUUUGUUUGUUAUGGGAGCGGCGCUCAUCUCCGAAUGUAAUUAUCUUAUCAGUUGGGCGAUAUCUGAGGGUUAUGGACCAAUGGCUUUGUCUGGAGUGUCAAUGGGCGGCUUUAUGGCAUCACUGGCUGCGACGAACGUUUGUAUACCGAUUGGUGUCGUUCCUUGCAUGUCAUGGACAACAGCCGCACCAGCAUUUACUGAAGGAGCCCUACGAGAUGCAAUUAACUAUGGGCAACUUCAACAACAACUUGAAGACCGAUUAUACCUGGAUAAGCUGCGUAGCAUACCGAACGUGAACUGGGUUGAUGAGAUGUACGAGCGAAACAAAGUGAACAGUCUUGGACUGGCACACAAUAUGAUGUGUACUUUGAUGAAUGAGUUUACAUGCCUUGCGAACUACCCUAUUCCAUUGGAUACUUCAUUAUGUACAGCUAUUGUGGCUGAACAUGACGCAUAUGUAUUGCGACCACAUGGAGCUCUGGAUUUUGCAGUAAGUGUUACAAGGCUCUUUUUUGGUUUCAAGAGGAAAUACUUCUAUGUUCAUGUGUUCUUUAAAUGCUCGUACAAGCUGACCAUUUACAUAAAGUUGAUAUUGCAGCAAAUCUGGCCAGGAAUGUGUGUUAUUAAGAUGGAACGAAUGGGGCACGUGACAGCUUACCUUAAUGGGCAUCAUCUAUUCCGCAAGACAAUAGCACAAACGCUGCGCCAUAUGGAAGAGAACUCCCUGGGAGAGUGA